UGGAACGUCGGCGGCGUGAGGGAGCGCGAGGGGGUGUGCGCGCGUGCGCGUGCGCGUGCGCGCCCGGGCGAGGGUGACUGGGACCCCGCCGGCCCGAGCAUCGCGCGCCGCAGCCGCGGCCCCGCAGCUCCGCCCCCGGCCCGGCCCGGCCCGGCCCCGGGCCCGCUCGCCUGCCGCCCCGCAUGGAGCUGUCAGCCAUCGGCGAGCAGGUGUUCGCCGUAGAGAGCAUCCGGAAGAAGCGCGUGCGGAAGGGUAAAGUCGAAUAUCUGGUGAAGUGGAAAGGAUGGCCCCCAAAGUACAGCACGUGGGAGCCGGAGGAGCACAUCCUGGACCCCCGCCUGGUCAUGGCCUAUGAGGAGAAGGAGGAGAGAGACCGAGCAUCGGGGUAUAGGAAGAGAGGCCCGAAACCCAAGCGGCUUCUGCUGCAGCGGCUGUACAGCAUGGACCUGCGGAGCUCCCACAAGGCCAAGGGCAAGGAGAAGCUCUGCUUCUCCCUGACGCGCCCACUCGGCAGCGGGAGCCCCGAGGGGGUGGUCAAGGCGGGGGCACCCGAGCUGGUGGACAAGGGCCCCUUGGUGCCCACCCUGCCCUUCCCGCUCCGCAAGCCCCGCAAGGCCCACAAGUACCUGCGGCUCUCACGCAAGAAGUUCCCGCCCCGCGGGCCCAACCUGGAGAGUCACAGCCAUCGACGGGAGCUCUUCCUGCAGGAGUCACCGGCCCCGGACGUCCUGCAGGCGGCCAGCGAGUGGGAGCCUGCUGAGCAGCCCCCUGAAGAGGAGGCAGAUGCAGAUCUGGCCGAGGGGCCCCCCUCCUGGACACCCACGCUCCCCUCAAGUGAAGUGACAGUGACCGAUAUCACCGCCAACUCCAUCACCGUCACCUUCCGCGAGGCCCAGGCAGCUGAGGGCUUCUUCCGAGACCGCAGCGGGAAGUUCUGAGUCACCAUUUUUACUCUUCUUCAACUGUUUUCUUUUGGGCUUGGGGUGGGGACUUCCAGAAAUGGGGAGGGGUUGGGGUGGGUAAUUAUUUUAUUUAAAGAAACAUUGACGAGGAGAACGGGGGAAGGUCCCAACACUCUCCCACCGCCCCGCCCCUUUCUCUGUGCGGACGUUUACAGGGCAGCCUUGGGUCUGUGUCAGGGCUGGGCCUGCGGAGGCCUGGCACUGCUCUGUCACUUGGGGUACCAUCUCCAGGGUAGGGUGGGGACAGGACCGGCCUCCUCUGGACACCUCCCUCACCAUUCUUCUCUAGAGAGACAGCAGCUGGUCCCCAGGACUAAAGGAGGAUGGGAAGGCCUGAACCCUCCCCUUAAGCAGCCCACCCCAGCCUUUCUGGUUGGUUUCCCCUUUGCCUUUGUGUGUGUGUGUGUGUGUGUGUGUGUGUGUGUGUGUGUUUGGGGAGGGGUCUUUAUUUUUAACUUUCCACUCCAGCUUUGCGGGGGGAUAUGGAGGCUGGCUUUGACGAAAAGUGAUUGGGUCACAGAGCUAAGGGGCUGGGAGGGGUUUGAGAUUGCUGGGCACGUCCCACCCCUUCAGAAAGGUCUCUCCUUUCCCCUGGGGGCAGCUGCCAGCUAAGCCCCUUCCGCUGAGAGCUACCCGCCCCAGCUCCAUCACCUGGCCCGUGCAAACCGCUCACUUGCACACCCAGCCCUGCAGGUGUGUGCACACUACCCCUCGCGCCCUCGUGACUGCAUGCGCCGGUCCGCAGACGUGUGCAGUGGGUCUUGCAAGCCUCCUGACCGGGUGGAUGGGGCGGGGGGGGGGGGAGUGAUUGACGGCACAGAAGAGCUUGCUGUAGGCAGCCCCGCUCAUCCCACCUUGCACAGCGCUUUGCCUGACAGGACCUAUCCGAGUCAGCGUGGAUAGCUGUCAGUGGAGGGCAAGGCUCCGGCCAGGGGGCAGCUGGAUGGCCUCCGACGCUCCGGGCGUGCGGAUGCAGUCUUGUGGUGUCACCUGGGCAGCCACAGGUGUGCAAGCGUGUGCGUGUGUGCUGUGCACCGGCGCGAGGUCUGAGGCACUUGUGCCCUGUCCCCCCACCCCCGGGGCUCCUGUUCUCUCUGACUCAGGUGACUUUCCAGCUCUUCUGUCUCCCCUCUUCUUCUGCCCUCCCCUUCAAAUCAGCCAACCAGGCAUGGGCGUGGGUGGUCAGGGAGGGAGGAAGCGUCCCACCACCUUCUCAGGGCAG